GUGCUGACUACAGAGGUGGCCCACGGGAGGCUGGGCAGAGCCGACUGCCUCCGAUUGCCCCGCCGCCAGGAGACUCGCUGUGGGCAGAAGAGUCCCGCCUGCUCACCAUGGAGCGCCGCGUGAGAGUCAGGACUUGGGUGGAGGAGAACCGGGCCUCCUUCCAGCCCCCGGUGUGCAACAAACUUAUGCACCAGGAGCAACUCAAAAUCAUGUUCGUCGGAGGCCCCAACACCAGGAAGGACUAUCACAUCGAGGAGGGUGAGGAGGUGUUUUACCAGCUGGAAGGAGACAUGGUUCUCCGAGUCCUGGAACAAGGCAAACACCGGGAUGUGGUCAUUCGGCAAGGAGAGAUAUUCCUCCUGCCUGCCAGGGUGCCCCACUCCCCACAGAGGUUUGCCAACACCAUGGGGCUGGUGAUCGAGCGGAAGCGGCUGGAAACCGAGCUAGAUGGGCUUCGGUACUAUGUGGGGGACACUGUGGAUGUCCUGUUUGAGAAGUGGUUCUACUGCAAGGACCUUGGCACGCAGUUGGCCCCCAUCAUUCAAGAGUUCUUCCACUCUGAGCAGUACCGAACCGGUAAACCCAACCCAGACCAGCUGCUCAAGGAGCCACCGUUCCCUCUGAGUACACGAUCUGUCAUGGACCCCAUGUCCCUGAAGGUCUGGCUGGAUGGCCACCAUGGGGAGCUUCAGUCAGGCACAUCCAUCAGCCUGUUUGGGGACACCUAUGAAACCCAGGUCAUCGCCCAUGGACAAGGCAGCAGUAAAGGCCUGGCACAGGAUGUGGAUGUGUGGCUAUGGCAACUGGAAGGCUCCUCUGUGGUGACAAUGGGAGGACAGUGCGAGACCCUGGCCCCAGAUGACAGCCUGCUGGUACCAGCUGGGACUUCGUACGUGUGGGAGCAAGCACAAGACUCUGUGGCCCUGUCUGUGACCCAGGACCCUGCUCAUAAAAAGCCCCUGUGGUGACCCUCUUGCUGUGGGCUCCAGGUACCCACAGGUACCACAGGGUGUCUGGGUGCCAUCCUGGGAGCUGCCCUUGCUAAUGCAGUCUCUCAGUCAUCACUACAUUCCAUGGAUAGCACCACACACCUCAGCAUGCCUCUUGCCUAGUCCUGGGUCAUCACUGUUAUUCACCCUCCCAUCAUCCUCAGGCCAGGACGCCAGGUUUCUAAGGGCACCAGUAGCUCCCCUCUCUUCUAAAAGCCAUACCCUUACAUUGUUUGGCCAGGUGGUGUGCCCAUCACCCUCCUGUCCCCAUAGGCCCACUUGCCUGCCAUCAAGAAGGCUCUCAGUAAAGGCAUCCUGAUAAACAAGUC